GAAGCGUGCAUCCUGAGUCAGAGCAGCAUGCUGCUGGAAGGCUCGGCUCGCUUCUGCUCUUGUUUGAGAGGGGAGGACAGGAGAACGGGGCGCUGACUCAGAGAGUCAGGCAUUGCGUUUCUAUUGGACACGUUCUGUGAUGUCUUAGGUCUAGAACGAUAACACCAAAUCGUCUUUCACCAACGAUCUCUAAUGGGCAGUUAGACUGCUUUGCAUCUGUUAGCAACUAAAGUUUUUUCCAGGAAAAAUAGCACCUGUAAUGUCAUCGCUCCUUUCAUUCUUCAUGAUAAUAACAGUUUUGUCAUGAUAACGUGGCAUCCCUUUUGACUGAACCCAUCUGCCCCUCCACACGCACCAACACAGAAAAUACAAAGCGUUAUCUGUCCCAACCCCAGAGUCUUCCCGUCUCUUAAAGGGACACUUCUGUCCAGGAAUCCUGACACGUUGCAAACCCUCGGGUGGAAGAAACGCCAUUAACUUACAUGCAGAUGACACUUCCAUACUGGCAGGAAGCAGCAGUGAUUUGAAACGGCUUCUCAUGAGAGCGAAAGAAGGAAGUGACGAAGCAGGACUGUAUCUGGUCACCGAGAAGACAAACGUCACAACGACAGAAGGAAUCCACAACUCAGCGCAGGCGGCGAAGACAGCAACGUUGUUAAUGCGUUUGCUGACCUCGGUUCGGUCAUCAGAUGGGGACGAAGCCAGGACAUCAGAGGAGGCUGAAACUCGGCGGGAUGGAGGACUCGGCAAGGGUCCUGAGAGCACAGGCGUGUCACUGGGGCCCGGGGCGAGGACCACCCACAGCCUCGUCUCCCCCGUUGCUGUGCAUUCACGUGGGGGCCCGGCGAUCCAAGUAUUUUAGAACAUGCUCAAGAGGUGAGCACUUAACUAUAGAGUUCGAGAAUCUAGUAGGAAGUGAUGAAGGGGAAAGCCCAGGAAGCAGUCAGAGGCCUCUUACUGAGGAAGAAAUUGUUGACCUAAGAGAGAGGCAUUAUGAUUCAAUUGCUGAAAAACAGAAAGAUCUCGAUAUGAAAAUUCAAAAGGAGUUAGCCUUACAAGAAGAGAAGUUAAGACUAGAAGAAGAAGCUUUAUACGCUGCACAGCGUGAAGCAGCCAGGGCAGCAAAGCAGCGAAAGCUCGUGGAGCAGGGCAGGCAGAGGGCCGUGCGGCCGUGCCACCCCUCCAGGGAUGGGGAGUGUCAGAGUUCAGGACCGGAAGACGACUCUGAGUCUUGUUUGAGAAAUAUAAAGUCACAGUAUGACGUUUUCCGAAGUAGUAGACUCUCGUCAGAUGCCACCGUUUUGACACCAAAUACAGAGAGCAGUUGUGAUUUAAUGACCAAAACUAAGUCAACUAGUGGAAAUGAUGACAGCACAUCCUUAGAUCUAGAGUGGGAAGAUGAAGAAGGAAUGCAUCGAAUGCUUCCCGUGAGAGAGCGUUCCAGAACCGAGGAGGACAUUCUCCGGGCAGCUUUGAAGGGCAGCAGCAGGAAGACUGGCAGUAAUGCCGCGUCAGCUUCCGACGAUUCCAGCGGCCUGGAGUGGGAGAGCGACUUCGUCAGAGCCGAAGCGGAUGACAAUGGCAAUUCCGAGUACUCUGGGUUCGUAAAUCCUGUGUUGGAGCUGUCUGAUUCCAGCAUGAGGCAGUGCGGUGCAGAUCAGCAGAAACGAUAGGGGGAACCGCGGGCCCCUGCUCAGCGGUCACGGCCAGUGUUAGAAACCGACUAGGGCGCGUGGCGGUCCGGCCGAGCCUUCUGCGGGAGGGAGGGAAGAAGCCGAAGCCACGCGAAUGCUUGGUGAGCGGGGCAGGCGCGACAGGCUCUAUCUGGACCGCUUCAGAGUUAAGUGCAAUUUCAUCAUCUGCCUUCUGCUUCUCAAAAACAAUUUAAUGGUUCUGUCAUGUUAUCAAUUAGAUUUAUUUUAACUUUUCUUUAUAGCAUUCCUGUUUAUUAUUCAUAGACUUUCACUUUUAAAGAUAGUUGUGUUAGUUUCACUUUGUAUGUUUCCUAAGCUUGUAUCAGUUGGUAACUAUGAAAACAUUAAGGCACUUUGUGUUCAUGCUCAGCAGAUGCGAAGGCAGCAGGAGGGGCUGCCAGGCUCAGGGUUAGAACAGGGCUUCUAUCCCAGCGUCGUUUGUUCCUGAGACUUAAAUUCUGGUACCUGACAGUAAGCACAGUUAGUUUGAGUACAUGACCCCAAAGAAAUGCUGAAGUAUCAUUUUCUUUCUAUACUUAACUGUAUAUCCUAGUAUAAUCAUGUUGAUUGAGUGUGAAACAAAGGAUAUCAUAUAAUAAAAUAAGCUUUCAGAAUUUGGACACUUAAAUUUGGUAAUCAAAAGUAAUAUUGAGGAAAGUAAAUAUACUUAGGUUUUUCACUUCCUUUUACAUGCUACUAUUAAUGAAUAUUGACUUUAAGUUAAUUGAUGUUUUAAAUUUCUAGAUGUCAUCUUUUUUAAAUUUGUAUUUCCAAUGACUGGCCUUAGAAAGAUUUUACACAGAACAUGUUCUCUGUGCAUGCUUUAGUAAGAAAGGAAAACCUAAAAAGGUAAUACGGGUAAAUAAAAUCCUUUUAAAGUAAGUAAAAUCCUUUCUGGUAUGAAAGGAUCUGUUGAUUUUAUUAAGCUUUCCUUUGCCUUGUAAUACAAGGUGCAUUCACGAGAUAGAACUAAGUACAUCAAUAUAUAUAACUACAUUUUGUGAUAUACAAUGAAGUCUUCUUUUCUCUAAAGUUUACGUAUCAACUUGAAAGGCCAAGGAUAGAAGACACUCCCUCAUUGCUUGUCCUGAUUUUGCUGAGGAUUGCGGUUUUCGUAAGCAGACUCUUGAUUUUUCCUUAGUGUUUUCGUCUUUUCUUCUUCUUACAACAGUGACAGUGCAUGUUCUCAAAAACAUAGGAAGGCCCGGAUAGAAAUAGUAACUUAAAGUUCUUGCUGUACUUUAAAAAGAAAAAUCAUGUGGUCCUUUCAAUAUUUGAACUGCUAGGCAGUGAUAUCUAUAGUUUAAUCUCUUUUUUAUCUCACAGAAAUAAAUAUGAUACUUUAAAUACAUAGACAUAUUAGGUAAUACUAUUAUUCAUGUCUCUCUUAUCAUUUAAGUUGUAGCUAUGUCAUUGGAAAUACUUUAAAGGUAAUCUACAUUCACGUUGCCUGUGUUAUGCUUUGUAAAGUUUGUAUACAUCAGAUGUAUAUUUUUGGUUUGGCAUAAGCUACCGUUGUAAUUUUUUUGGCAUUUUGUUCAUAAAGAAUUUUUUGAAGGAAUGGUAACUUCUUAAGGAUUGUGAAUAAACACAUUUUUACAUUAAAAAACUAAAUUAA